UGAAGAAGAUCAGGAGGAAUGAUUUAGUGGAGCGUUUUUCCAAAAGUGGUUCUCAACCAAACAACGAUGCCGAUGAUGUUGGAGAGACUUCAGAGAACACAGGACCUUCUUCAAUUAAACAGGUCCAGGGAGCUUCUCACCCCCUACGCCUGGUGCUCAGGCUGAAGAUUUGCUGGUUCCAAGACCAAAUCCUCCACGAUCAAUCUUGUCAUACCAAAGCAUGCUCCAGUCAAACCUCCAGAACAAGUUUAUGUGUAUACCAGAGGGGUCUUCAAAGCAGAAGGAUAAAAAACGUCUUGAUGAUAUCUACACAGAGCUCUACAUCAUAGAUGGGAAUGAGGUUGGUGACAACAUGCAGCAUGAGGUCAGACACAUUGAGAUGACAUCAAGAAAACCAGAAGGAACUGAGAGAUCAAUUCACCACAACAACAUUUUCAAACACCCUUCUGGAGAAAACACACCCGUAAGAACAGUCUUGACAAAUGGGAUUGCAGGAAUCGGCAAAACAUUCCUUAUUUACAAGUUCAUCCUGGACUGGGCUGAAGGAAGAGCCAAUCAAGAUUUGCAUCUCACAUUCCCUAUCACUUUCCGCCAGCUGAAUUUACUGAAGGGCAGAAAGUUUCGUUUGGCAGAGCUCAUUCACAAAUGUAUCAGGGAAAGCCAAGAUAUUAAAGAGGAGGCUCUUAAUUACAUCUUCACCAAACUACAGGCUUCAGGAAACACCAACUUUGACAAGAGCAAUUUCAAACUUCUGUUUGUGCUUGAUGGGUUGGACGAAAGUCGCUUUCAGCUCAACUUCAAUGACAAGGAAGAAUUCUCUAUUGACGAGCCAUUGUUGGUGAGUGAUCUUCUGGCAUACCUCAUCCAGGGUAAACUGCUCCCCUCUGCACGCCUUUGGAUUACCACACGACCGGCAGCGGCCAAUCAGAUCCCUCUCGACUUUGUUGACAUCAUUACAGAGGUGAGAGGGUUCACUGAUCUACAGAAGGAGGAGUACUUCAGGAAGAGAUUUAAAGAUGUGCAGAUGGUCAACAGAGUCAUGUCCCAUAUCAAGACAUCAAGAAGUCUCCACAUCAUGUGUCACAUUCCAGUUUUCUGCUGGAUCGCUGCUACAGUUCUGAAGCAAAUGUUAGGGGUAGACGACAGAAAAGAAAUCCCUCAAACUCUGACUGAGAUGUAUGCAAAAUUCCUCGUGUUUCAGAUCAAGCAGACAGCCCUUAAGUAUGACACAAAGGAGAACAUCAAGAUCAUUGAAUCACUUGCAAAGCUGGCUUUUCACCAGUUGGAGAGAGGCAAUCUGAUCUUCUAUGAGAAAGACUUGAACAACAGUGGCAUUCAUCUUAAUGAAGCAUCGGUGUACUCAGGGGUGUUCACACAGAUCUUCAAGGAAGAUGAUGGGCUGAACGAAGACAAGAUGUUUUGCUUCGUGCAUCUGAGCAUUCAUGAGUUUUUGGCAGCUGUUUUUGUGGUCCUGUCACUUUUUAAUCACAGAAAGGACGUGAUGACUGAACCACAAACAGUUCUCCAACAUCUGCAGAAACUUUUCAGAAAAGUAUCUGAAACUGAGAUCUGUAUGAAAGCUGUGGACAAGGCCUUGCAGAGUCCAAAUGGACACCUCGACUUAUUUCUCCGCUUCCUCCUGGGCCUUUCGUUGAAGUCAAAUCAGGAUCUCUUAAAGGGCCUGCUCAAACAAACAGGAAGAAGCUCAGAGACCAACCAGCAGCUGGUGAAGUACAUCAAAAAGAAGAUCAGGGAAAACCCCUCACCAGAGAGAUGCAUUAAUCUCUUCCACUGUCUGACUGAACUUAAGGACUGUUCCCUGGUCAAUGAGGUCCAAUAUUACCUGAGACAGGGAAGCCUGUCCACAGCCAAUCUCUCCCCUGCUCAGUGGUCAGCCCUAGUCUAUGUGAUACUGUCAUCAGAACAAGAUCUGGAUGUGUUUGACCUAAACCAAUACUCCAAAUCGGAGGACGUUCUUAUGAGAAUGCUUCCAUUGGUCAAAGCCUCAACAACUGCACGACUGAACCAAUGUGACCUCUCACACCUCUCGUGUGAAGCCCUGGCUUCAGUUAUCAGCUCGCAGUCCUCAAGCCUGAGAGAGCUGGACCUGAGUAACAACAACCUGCAAGAUUCAGGAGUGAGGCUGCUCUCUACUGGAUUGGGAAGUCCCCACUGUAGACUGGAAAUUCUAAGGUUGUCAAGCUGUGAGGUCACAGAGGCAGGCUGCACUUCUUUGUCCUCAUCACUGAGCUCCAAAUGCUCCCGUCGGACAGAGCUGGACCGGAGCUACAAUCACUGGCGAAAACCCAAAUGGAUGUCAAUUGUGAAAAUGACAGCAGAGCGACAUGAACCAUUAUCAGUAAUAGCAAAAUACUCUGGGCUAAGAGAGGGCUGCUGUCCCAAUGUCGGACAAUAUAGCAGUCUGAGAGAGCUGGACCUGAGUAACAACAACCUGCAGGAUGAAGGACUAAAUCUGCUCUCUGAUGGACUGGAGAGCCGCCACUGUAGACUGGAAAAUCUCAGUCUCAGAUGGUGUAACCUGUCGAAGAGUAGCUGUGUAUAUCUGGCCUCAGCUCUCAGCUCUCAGUACUCCAGUCUGAGAAAACUGGACCUGAGUAACAAUGACCUGCAGAAUUCAGCAGUAAAUCAGCUCUCUCUUGGACUGGAAAGUCCAGAUUGUAGACUGGAAACACUUAGGUUGUCAGGCUGCCUUGUCACAGAGGAAGGCUGUGCUUAUUUGGCCUCAGCUCUGAGCCUCAACCCCUCCUAUCUGAGAGAGCUGGACCUGAGCUACAAUCAUCCAGGAGACUCAGGGCUGGAGCUGCUCUCUGCUGGACUAAAGAAUCCACAGUGGAGACUGGAAACUCUCAGGGUUGAUCAUUGUGGAGAGUUCAGGAUCUUACCCGGGUGUAGGAAAUAUGCCUGUGAACUCACACUGGACCCGAACACCUCGCACAGGAAUUUCUUCCUAUCUCAAGAUGACAAGCAGGUCAUAGUUCGAAGGCGUUUUUCCUGCCCUGAUCAUCCAGAUAGGUUUGAACACAGGCACCAGGUCCUGUGUACAAGCGGUCUGACUGGGCGCUGCUACUGGGAGGUGGAGUGCGGAGGACCAGCUUACAUAGGCGUGACGUACAGGGGAAUUGGCAGGAAAGGAAAAAAUAAUGACUCUCUGCUCGGUUGGAACGACAAGUCGUGGUGCCUGGAGUGCAACAGGAACACCGCUUGGUACAAUGGGAAGGGCAGAGUCGCGUCUCCAUCAUCGUACCACGGACCCAAAAGAUUGGCAGUGUAUCUGGACUGGCCCGCCGGAAGUUUGUCCUUCUACAGAGUCUCCUCUGGCGCACUGAUCCACCUCCACACCUUCAACCACACAUUCACCGAACCGCUCUACCCUGCGUUUAGGGUUAUCGGUACUGGUUCAUAUGCAUUACUGCUCAAGUGUUAGUAUUCUACGAUGGGAUCUACAUAUUUCAUAUAAAUUUACUUGAUUUGGAAAAAAAUGUGACACAUUUGUGAUCGGAGCAGAUGUAUUUUCAAAGAAGAUACAUUUGAUGUGUUUUGCAUACCCAGAAACUAUAUUUCAAACUUUUAAACUGAUGAGGAAUCAGAGGGGUAAAUAUAGGCAAUGGUGUCAAAUGGGGCUGGGUGGCCUUGAAGACAAUAUGAGCUCCUUCACAUGGGAGAGAUUGCAAUAUGAGGAACAAAAUUAUUACAAUGUUAUUAAUAUGGUAAAAUGUCACGUUGAGCAGUACAGCAUCAUUUGGUGUUCAUCCCCCGUGGAAAAAGCAAACCCACGAUCUUUGUCACGGUUUCAAUUUCUCUUUUAGUUUCGAUAAACGGUCAGUAAUAUUAACAAAACCAUAGGCUUAUUCUACAUAAAUGAUACUGAUACAAACUAAAUAAACUAUUAAAAAUUGAUUCAAUUCAAUGAAUAAUUAAAUUUCAGUCAUACAGAUUAUCCAUGAUGAUUUAUGGGUAAUAUGUUGAUAUUGUCCAAUGUUAAGUUUCUAUUUGAUCAUCUGACGAGACGAUAAGAUAACGUGUGUUUGUGUAUGCUUCAUAGCUAGCUUGCGCGCACCAGGGCCCUUUUUAACAACCUUGCAUCACUGUGCAGAUAGAAGGAAAGGAGUUAUGUACAUGGGAGAAAGACUAAAUGAAAUGAAAUAGUAAUUAUAUUAUUAUAGGAAGUGGUUGACAUCUGCCUGUGUCCUCUCCCUCCAUCUACUAUCGACAAUGACAACAGACCUGUUUUCAAACUAGCGUUUAUUGCCAAAAUCAGAACAGAAGCCCUGUAACAUUAAGGUCAAGUUUUCAGAAACAUCACAGUACACAGAUAAGACCGCUUAAAGCCACGUCACAGAUUUGAAUAGUUUUCAGACGAAAGUCAAAAACACGUUUUCAUGCACUGGCUAAAUCAUAGAUUUUGCUCCGAUAACACGUCUUCUUUCAGAAUAGUGGAAAGAAAACAUCCAAAAUAUACAUUUGGGUGUUUAUUCUACUACUCUGUCAAUUUGAGUCUGUGGAUUUCUGUUAAGAUCCGGCAAUAGUAAGCAUUACAUAAUGCCUCAUUUGCAUAUUUAAACAUAACAUUUCAGAAAACUUUGAAAAAAAAAUUGUCAUUAUGUGAGCGAUCAUCUAGGGAAGUUUUCAUACUCCUGAAUUAAAAUUAUUUUUUUCUCUGAGCCAGAAAUCUCCACUUCAGUAGCACUUACAUUUACCAAACGUUCCACUUUCAUUCCUAUCUAUAUUCUGAAGGUUUUUUCAUAUAUCAUUUAUAAACUGAUUUAUACAACAUUUUAUUACUGAAGACAUGGAGAAAAUUGAUAUUUUUCCCCUAUGGAUGAUGACGGUAUUGUCUGAUUUAUGGAUUGAUACAAAGAGAAAUCCAAAUAUUUGUGUUCCCUAACAGAGUAUCCCACAAAUUACUAUCUUCUGUUAAACAACCUCUAAAAAUUAAUUUGAAUCUGUUAGCCUAUAAAUAAUUUGCAUGUAUCUUAUGCCUGCUAUCUUAGUAUGUUUUACAAGCUGCCACAGAUUUGUUUAUCUUCUGUCCGAUAUAUUGCUUUUCUAUCAUUGUUGUUUUUAUUGUUUGUUUUGUGACUAUCACUG